CUCUACCUAACCACCAUGGCUAAAAGAGCAUAUGGCACGCACUUUCUUUUUUUGGCUAUCGUUUCSAUAUUCUCACCAGUACUUGUAAUUGGAUCUCACUUCAGGGGUGUUUCAAUGAGUUGGAAGCCAGUMAAUCCGAGCAAUAUAUUGGACAAAAGAGUAAUGGUUUCUUUUCGGAUAGCAUGGAGGAGGUCUUGGGAUAGUAAAACCUUUUGUGACCAAUCUCUUAUCAACUCCGGAACACUUAUUGGCCCACUAGAGUAUUUGUAUUGUAKUUCUGGAUGUUCUGGUAGAAUCACUUCCUUGAUAUUUAAGUGUACGGAUUUCAGUACGGUUGAAGAUUGGUCAACAGGAGGAAGAAACACUACUUACACAUUUAGUGACAUCACACAUCCAGUGUACCAAGCAAGGUUCUCAGGCUUUGCCUGGUUUCAUUUGCAAGUCGGAGGRGGCAAUUGGGAUGUUCGAAUGAAUGUUAAUCUCACGAAACGAAGUGAUACUGGACGCUUGAAUACCUCUCCUGUGACAGCCAUGACUCCAAUAGUAAGACUGCAGUAUAAAUGCAAUCAUACUUUAAUCAUCCCAGUAAGUGACGUCGAUAACGACGAUAUCAGAUGUCGAUGGGCGGAGUCUAGUAAAUAUGAAUGUGGUGGAGUAUGCAAGACGUUUCCAGGGGCUAUAUUAGAUGAGCGAAAAUGCCAAAUUUCUUAUUCGGCUGUACAUUCUGUUGGAUGGUAUGCUGUUGCGAUCAUGGUCGAAGAUUUUGCUUCAAGACUUUCAACAGAUCCUUUAAGUGGCAUUCCACUCCAGUUCCUUGUACAGGUUUACUCCUCAAGCGAGAAUUGUGACAAUAAACCCGAGUUUACAAGCAACACAAGAGCCGCUGGAUCUUGCAUUGGUGUCCCACAUGGAUCAACUUUUAGAGAGCCUUUUAUUGCAAAAGCACACGGCACAGGAAACAGAAUUACAGAAAUCAUAACAGUCAGCCCUGCAGGCUUCCGCAAGUCCCUAUUGAGCCAAUAUUCUGMAAAUGAAUGGUAUGUGAACAUAACAUGGACUCCAGAUCCAUCUCAAAAUGAACCAGUUAUCUUCUGCUACACAGCUAUCGAUCAAAAAGGUUUAUCAUCACAGCAAAGMUGUCUCACGUUCUUGGCGGGCGUUGAACCACCAWAUAUUGUUAAUGGCUCCCAGUCUCCAUCAGGAUGGAUAUAUCCCAGUCAAGAUAAUUGGCGCAUCAAAUUCGAUAAAGAGUUCGUUCGACCUAAAAGACGCAGAUAUCUAAGGAUAUAUCGAGCCAAUGGUAGUGAGGUAAACCGUGUUGAUGCGUCAACAUCAAGCAAAUUUACCUACCCCACAGGGUCAUUGGGAAGAAUACUCCAUUAUAAACCCUCAUUUAAGUUUGUUGAAAAUCAAACUUACUACAUCACAUUGGAUCCAGGCGUUGCGCAGGGAAUACAAUUUUGUGGGGCAGAAUCUCUUCCAAAAAGGGAUGGCUAUUUCUGGAGGGUGAAGAUAAAAAAGSCAGAYAUCACGGCUCCAAACCUCACACUUGUAUUAGCACCAACAGUGACAAAUGCAACUAUCAAAAUAACUUGGUCUAUCGAUGAGGAGGCGAAUACUAUGUGUAGUAUAACUAGUCCCGUUAAUACAACUAUGCARGCAUGUUAUAACUCAUGGUCAGGGGAAAGAUUAGAAGAAGGAUACUAUAAAAUUUCAAUCACAGCUACUGAUAUUGCUGGCAACGUUGCUUUACCAGUAUCGCAUUCAUGGCAUGUUGAUGUAACGCCUCCGGAGCCUUACCUGACAAUGAAACCUUCUGCUGUGACAAACGAAUCAUCCGCCAAGUUUAAGUUUGCUUGCCGCAAGGACAGUGUAUGCUAUUAUCAAUGCUCAGUGACACAAGAUGGAAAUAGACCUCUUUACUCGGUCUGUAGCGGAUCUGGCUUUAUGGUAUCAAACCUCAAGAAUAACAUCACCUAUACCUUUUGGCUGAAAGCUCAAGACGGUGUUGGAAACCAAGCCCCCGYGUUUCAGUUCAAUUGGACAGUAGAUACACAGCCCCCUAGCAUCUCAAAUGUGAAUCACCUCUCUGUAAAUUGCACCAGCGACAUGAAGCCAUCAGCUAUUGGUCAACCCUCAGCUACAGAUAACGAGGACCCUUCGCCUUUAUUCAAAUAUAAAGACAUUCCCUUUCAAAGUGGAUGCACUAUACAGAGAAUAUGGACUGUCACUGACCGAGCUGGUAACAGUGCUAAAGUAACUCAGACGAUAAGUUUUAUCAACCCAUUAGCACCUGUAAUCAGCCUAAGUGAAAACAUUAUAAUUGCAUGUCAAACACGCGAUAUGAUGAACGCAGAUAUAAAAUCCACUGUCAACGUCAGCCAUCCAUGUGACAUACCAUCAAGUACGAGCUAUAUUGAUUCUAUAACUCCCAUUAGUUGUGGCUCUACGUUUACAAGGACAUGGCUGGCAAAGGAUAAUUGUGGAAAUGCUAACAMUAAAGCACAGRCAAUCAGAGUACUCAAUCCUCAUCUACCGGAUUAUCCGAAACUAGGUCAAGUUAAUGUUGGUUUGAAUCAAGCUCUUCGAUGGCCUCAAUAUGCAGGUUCAACUAUGUACAAAAUCUUURUAUGGACAAAUUCAAACUCCAAACCAACAGCACCAAAUGGUACYACAAGCUCCAGAGAGUUCUCACCUUCAMAACCAUUUCCCCCUGGGAAAAAGAUUCUCUGGAAAGUGGAGUAUGUGCUUCAGUCCGGUCAAACUAUUCCUGGUCCAAUAUGGGGAUUCAUUACAAGACAGUAUCCAGACUUCAAGGUCGAGAGCAUCACCCUACCACCGAAUGGAUUUUCUGGGCAGAAAUUGUCAGUUUCGUGGACCGUUCGUAAUAUUGGUGGUGUUGGUAAUUCCGCCUACAACUGGAAUGACCGAGUCUUUCUUAGYCGAACYACUUCAUUUUCCCAGUCAAGGSUGAUGACAAMGYUAUCUCAGGCCAGGCUGCUCAGUCCAAAUGACGCAUAUGUUGGGAGAGCAGACAUCCAAAUGCGAGACAAAGAUGUAGGCRUUUUUUACAUCUUUGUGGAAACAGACGUCUCGAAAUCCAUUGAUGAUAUAGACCGAACCAACAACCUUAAAAUUAGCUCCAGUUCUAUUAAAGUGGCACUUACCCCUCCUCCUAAUCUGAAGGUCACAUCAAUCGUGGUACCUCCAACAUCUUUCUCAGGGAAGUCCAUAAGCGUUAAGUGGACCGUAGCAAAUAAAGGAGUAGGAAUAACAGGGAAACCAACAUGGACCGAUCGGCUGUUUUUAUCUAAAGAAAAUCAACAGUUGGAAAAAGACGACGCUUAUCUUGGUUACAAGAUUCACAAUGGUUUACUUGCUGUGAAUCAAGAAUACACCGAGACAAUAACAUUGAAAGUACCUCGCAAGAUAUUUGGAAAUUUCUUUGUCAUCGUCAUGACAGACGCUACAAAUACUGUGUUUGAAGAUUCAGGAGAAAGUGAUAACAUCCUGGCUGCGAAGUCUCCUUUGAAAGUUGUCCUAUCUCCUCCUCCUGAUUUAGUGGUCAGAAGAUUGUCAUUUCAGUCGUCCCAGUUUAUUAGUGGAAAUACAGCAACCAUUCGUUACCGUGUGGUAAACGAGGGUUAUGGGAGACCUUUUCAAAACUGGUGGAGUGAUCAAGUAUCGAUCACAAAUGUCAACUCAAAAGUCAAGUUGGUAAUUGCRACUCCAACCUUCUCUGGGRUUCUACCUGCUGGGAAUUGGUAUGACAGAGAGAUCAAGUUUGUUGUUUCACCAUCACUUUUUACAGGCCAGUAUACAUUACAAAUACACGCCGAUGUAUACAGCCAAGUAUUCGAGUUUACAUACAAAAGCAAUAACGUAAAAGAAAGGAAAUUUGAAAUUAUUCAAUCGCUUCCUAAUUUAAUUGUGACAAAUGUAAAUGCUUUCGUCAAAAGUAACCCAGAAAUAACUUACCUUCAUGUUAACUUUACUGUGCUAAAUGAUGGGAAAGUAAAGACUUUUUCUGCACCUUGGACAGAUAAAGUUGUUCUAUCAGUAUCCGAGCAAUUUUCUUCUAACCAAUUGAAUAUUCUUGGUGAAGUCCUAAGGAAAACCAAUCUUCCUUCAAAGGAAUCCUAUAAAGUUAUUUCAACUCGGUUCAAAGUCCCUCGAAAUAUUUUUGGGCUUUAUUACGUGUUUGUUAUUACAGACGUUCAUUCUUCCGUUCUUGAAACUAACAAGGCUGAUAACGAACGGCGUGGUCCUCCCAUAACAAUACCAAAAAUUCUUCCCGACCUCGUUGUGCUGAGGAUAGCUUUUUCAAGGUCAUCAGAAGUCUUCGCGGGAUCUACAKUAAAUGCAUAUUGGACUGUGCAAAAYAUUGGCAAAGGAAACACCUUGGUUAACUCGUGGACUGACCAGUUGUUUUUAUCGAAGUCCAGUUCUUUGGAUGRUGCAGUCAAAAUCAAAGAGGUUGUUGUAAGAAAAAAUAUUCUUGCUGGGAAAAUAUACAACCAAACAACAACUGUUCGAUUACCAGACAAUAUCUUUGGAGACCACUUUUUGAUAGUCAACGUCAAUGGUUAUAGGUCAAUAACAGAGACCGAUUACAGCACCAAUACUGCUUCAAAUCACUAUGUACUACGAGCAAAGCCAUAUCCUGACCUUAAAAUCCUAAAAGUUAUUUACAGCUUAAACUACUUGACUCGACUUUUAAUAGUACAGUGGGAAACAAGAAAUAUUGGUUUUUCAAUGGAKGAAGAGAGUGCCUGGACCGAUUGUGUAUAUUUAUCUCCGACUACUUCAAUUGACAGCUUGGCUCAAAAUUUAGGAUCAAAGGYUGUUUCCAUAAAGUUAACUUUCAUGCAAGAUUACAAAGCCGWMGUGUCAAUAUCAGUACCUCGUCGGAUUUCAGGUCGAUUCUAUGUCCACGUGCAAGUUAAUUGCAAGGGAAUCCUAGAUGAAAUUAACAAUGGUCAAGACAACGUAAAACACGCCGUCYUUCCACUUGAUGCCAAGGAUAUUGCAUCUCCUKUACUUCAAAUCGAAAGGAAAUCCACUUUCCCUCAAAACAUAUCUUGUGUGGAGCCGGUACCUCUGACAUGGAAGGUUACCAACAAGGGUGAAGUCAACRUGGAAAURGACUCAUGGACKGAUGCAGUUUACAUGUAUAACAAGGCUGACAGUGACCUUCAAGAGGUUAUGGAUUACGGAACUCGCCUUGYAUCAAAGGUUUACACUGGUGGAUUGCUCAUUAACCAAUCAUACUUCGUUAAUGUGAACGUGACUAUUCCAUGUAAUCGUAGGACACCUGUAACUUAUCUKUAUAUGUAUACUGAUAUAAAUAACCGUACAGGUCGGAACGAACCAGSAAAAUCUGUGAGUUCUWUUGCCAUGAAUGUGCUAUCUGGACCUUUACCAGAUCUUACUGGUAGUUUUCUCAACUCAUCGUUGCAAACCCAGGGAGGACGUCCGUAUAAAAUUCAUUACAACAUAUCAAAUGUUGGUAACGGAACAAUCAAAACARUCUGGUAUAACGCUUUGUACCUUAGUCAAGAUGUCCUGCGUGAUCCAUUUGACCGUAAACUUGUUUCUCAUCGACUAAAUCACAAACUUGGAUCCAAUUCAUUCUCCAUUAUGGAAGUUGAAGUAUUUAUUCCUUUUGAUCUUGUUAGUAGUGACUAUUACAUAUUGUUGGAAAUGGACAGUAAUAAUCUAGUCAACGAAGAUAAUGAAGACAACAAUUUUGCUUAUGUUUUGAUUGCAAUUAAAGAGGCAAUAAGAACUGACCURCUGGUUUCAUCAGUGUCUACGAUGCCUAUGGCAGUUUCUUUACGAUCAGGGAUUGAAAUUAAUUGGACAUUGAGAAACAAUGGGACCCAGGUCUUCUCUGGAUACAAAUGCGAUUCUGUGUACAUCUCAGAAGACGAGAUUUGGCAWAUAGAUGAUCGAGAAAUUGGUGAACCUAAUUGCGGAUUUAUAYCAUUGCAACCAUCCAACAAUGGGACUAAUAGAGACACUCCAUUCUAUAUUCAAAAACCUUUGCCACUUAUACCACAGGGAAAAUAUCGGGGUCUCUUAAGAAGCCGUAGUAACUUACGAGAUCUCAAUCCAAAGAAUAAUGUCAGGGCGGGUCCUAGGAACAUCAAUGUCACAUAUCCUGAAUUAAAUCUUGGAAGUUGCCUAUUAUCAGAGAAUGGAAGUUCAGUGUACAUCAUCAAAGAUGUUCCUUUUGGAAGGACUUUGAUCGUCACAGCAAAAGCAAAUUCAGUGAAAACAUUUCAAGACUUGUACGUAAGGCACAAGUACCCAGCMUCUUCCUUCCUUUAUGAUGCAGCUUCAAAGUUUGCAACAUCUGCCAAUCAGGAAACCGUCGUUCCAACAACGAAAAAGGGACUUUACUACGUUAUGCUUGAACGAACAGACAUAACUCACUUACCUGGCGUUAAAACCCAAGUCUGCGCAAAGUUAGCUACAUUUGAGAUAGCACGGAUUAUACCAAAAACAUUUUCACCCCUUGGAAAUGUGACUUUAAGAAUUGAAGGGACUCUGUUUGGCUGGAAACUUGAUGUYUUACUGCUAGGAGAAAACAAAGAGAUCAAAGCAGAAAGAAUUUAUCGAUUUAGCUCAACACUUGUAUACGCAACGUUUGACGUUCAAGGUCUGUCUGUGGGAACAAAAUUCGAUUGUAAAGUUAUCGACCAGUCAGAUGAAACUAAUGCCAUGCUAAACAAAUCRUUGACCAUCAAAGAAGGGACACCAGGCAAACUUUCCUUUGCUGUAGAGAGGCCCAAURCAAUAAGGCUAACUGACACUGGUGAGAUUGUAGUUAGCUACCAGAAUGUUGGGAACACAGACCUUCCUACUCCAGUCAUAAUGUUCACAGCAUCGGAAAGAACACUAAUCCGUUUUGUYCCAGAAGACAGUUUGGCAACUGCAUAUGAACACUUCAUAUCRGUUUUCGCUCAACCCUUGGAAGGCCCUGCAGGAAUUAUUCCACCUGGGAUGUCAGGGCAAUUGCUAUUUCAAACAAUCCAUAAAACUGGGACAGGAACUGGAAAAUCGGACCUCAAUAUAAUAUCACUGCGAAACAAUGAUGAGCCACAUAUAUUUAUGGAAAGAAAAGAAGAGCUGAAACCAAAGAAUUUAACUAGCGAUCUUUGGGAACCUGUAUGGAAUAAUUUUUUAAAAUCUACAGGUACAACACAAAGGUCUUUUAACCGACGGUUAUCUGGCAUUGCUACACAAAUGAGUGUAGCUGGGCGGCGAGUGUUCUUGGUAAGGGAUUUCAUUGACUUCCAGUUGAAUUUUGCUAAUGGACUUCAAAGCGGUCGAACUCUUAUUGAUAUUAGUGAUAUGGCUGAUCAAGGAGAAUCAAAUUUGUUAGUUCUGGAGCUACAACGCAUUUACACCCCCUUAUUAACGGUGCGUCGAGAGAGCGGAGUAUUUGGGUAUGGAUGGAUUGCCCCGUGGUGGGAAAUAAGAAUGAUUCAAACRAAUGACACUCUUAUAUCGAUAAUGUACAAGAGAGAAGAAAAGGUUUUCCGUUUGGUUCAAAAGAACAUMUACGCAGGGGAGAAAGGAGGCAACAUCAUAUUGGAAGGCGACGACCUUACUUUAACCAACAUUGAGAAAGACAAUUCAGAUAUUUUUGUCUUCGAUCUGCAAAGYAAGACAUUAAAGGCAAUACGUAACCUGGGCGCACCAAACGAGAAUAUCACAUUGUCAUCUUAUACCUCUGAUGGAAAACCCAARCAGAUGAAGCAUUCAAACGGUGGAACGAUGACCUUGGAAUUGAACUCUCGAAAUUUAAUAAGGAAGGCUACACUAGUCAAAGCUAAUGGUGAGCGAAUUAUCAGCAUAUACAUCUAUGACAGCCAAGUACCGCUUCUUACAUCAGUCACUGUUCAAGACAAAACUACAAGCUACACAUACAACGACAAGCGUGACAUAGCAAGAGUUACGUAUCCUAGUGGYGAACAAAUACGAUAUUUGUUCAACCCCGACACGGGUUUUCUAGAGGAAACAAUCACUUUAAAUGAAGAUGGCGAUGUAUCGACAAAUGUAAGCACCAGAUACGAUUGGAAUGGCUUCAUAAAAAUGGUUAACAACCAAGAUAAACGUCACGUGACCUAUUCGUUUGACAGAGCUAUGAACAUUCUUUCRUUUGUUGGGAAUGAUGGAAUACCUUUUCGUGCUGAGACUGUAGCUACAGAAAAUACUGCUACCAGAAGUUUGGUUCAAGGGGAUCAGGUAACCAUUAGAGACACCUUGCAGUUCAUGAAAAUGCAUCUCCGACURGAGGAUARAAAAAAUCAAAAUUCUAUAGCGAUCCCUACUAACUCCAUUCGGCUCCAUACAAUAAUGCAUAUCAAUUUUUGGAAUUCAAGAGACUUGAGACUCAAAACAAAUCCUAUAUUCUCACUUACCUUCUAA